AUGGCACGCGGAAAUCUGACGCCGACGACGGACGGUAUGCAAUCUCGGGGGAUCACUUCGGUAGCGUGGGGUAUCGAUCAAGUACUGGGAGAGGUACAGACACUGGAGCGCCCGUCUCAACUGGCUGCCAUCGACAGCGGGUCGAUCGUGACCGUCGAGGCCGAGACGAUGACGACGAUGACAACACGGACUGCAGCGAUGGAGGCUACACCACCGCCGACAAUCCCGAUCCCUGCCUUUCUCAGUCGAUUGCAGGAGGAUUACGCGCGACAGUUGCGGAGGAGGGCCUAUGGCGAUGAAACGAUGCCGCAAGCUGGCUCGGCGGCGGUCCCCACUUUGACCGCUGCAGCCUCCAAUAGUGUGGUUCCCCGCUCGAACGAUGGCAAAGGCAAAGGCAUAAGCAUGGGGACGGCCAGUGCUCGAUCGGGAACCGCCACCGCCACCUCGAGUACAGGCUCGGCAUCUGCGACCAGUCGAGGAGCAGCUUCGACCUCGUCCCUACCUUCACCCGCGAACGCCUUCUCGUCCUCGUACUCGUACUCUGGCUCAGGGUCGAGCGCGUCGUCGUCGAACGGCAGUUCGGCCGUCUCGGCUUCCGUGUUGGCAAUGCCGCCCCCUCUACUCCCCCUGACGAGUUGCAGCUCGGCGGUAUAUCAUCCUCGUAGCGAACCAUCUCCUCCUCCCCCACCCCCUUCCUUGAUGCCCUCCUACCACCAACCCCUCUCCACUUCGUCCUCCAUCAACGAGCUCCACGCUCCCUUCUCCACAUCAACAACAUCGACCCAACCCAAGCCGACCCCAAACGGGCUAGGUACCCUAACCCCUGCCAUUCCCUCCUCCAUGUCGCACUCGAUCCAUCUCCGUCGCUUGGAGGACGUCUAUUCUCCUCCCAAAGAGAUCGCCCCCGAGGAAGACCUUUUACCUCCCGAAAACUUCGCCAUGGUUUCAUCGUUGAUAUAUCGGAGCUCGUUCCCCAAACGCAAGAAUUUCCCGUUCUUGAGGAGCUUGAGAUUGAAGAGCGUGCUGUGAGUUGGCCUCGCGGCGUUUCGGGGACGGUGGAUUGGAACACUGAGUCGGAGCUGAAUCUUCCCGCUGCAGCACGUUGAUUUUGGAAGAGUACCCAGAGCAGAAUCUGGAGUUUUUGGAGCAGGAAGGGAUAAAGUGAGUCACAGCCAUAGGCGGACGGAAAUGGAUCGGUGACCCAGGUGCUUCCUUCUCCAUCAUUUCGUGAACAGGUUCUAUCAGUUCGGGAUCCCGGGUAACAAGGUGAGCUAUUUGCGAUCGCCGCGUAGACGAGAUACCAGGAUAUGGGUAUUAAUACCUCGCUUCGUUUCUUUCAGGAACCCUUCGUACAAAGUAACUAAACGAACUUUUUAAACUUGGAAAGCCUGUUUUCCCCGAACAACGCCGAAUUGAUUUGUGCGACCUAUUUUCCCUCCUCAGUUCCAGACGAGAAGAUCGCUGCCGCUCUCGCCGUCAUCCUCGACGUGCGAAAUCACCCCAUGCUCAUCCAUUGCAACAAAGGCAAAGUAGGCCGCCACCUUCGGAGCUCCUUCCACGCGGCUCCACCCUAACCUUCUGCCCCUCGUCCCCGCCCCCCACCUAUAGCACCGAACAGGUUGUCUCGUCGGGUGCCUACGCAAGGUCCAACAGUGGUCUCUCACAGCCAUAUUUGACGAAUAUCGAAGGUACUCGUACCCCAAGUCGAGGAGUAUGGACCAGCAAUUCAUCGAAGGAUUCGAUUUGCUGCCCCAAGUUAGUUAUCCUUCAAACGUCGACGGUGGAGGCCUCAGAGAGAGGAAGAUUGAGUUGACUUUCUGUUCUACAGGUGUGGGAAAGCGUGGACGCGAGGUACCUGCCCAGUUGGGCUUUUCCGAGUUCCAGUGGGAUGUAG